AUGGACCGGUUCCUAAAGGAUUCUAGAAAGAGUGACGUUACACGAAAAUAUCUUUCUCGACAACAAACUUACAGACUUCCAUUGUACCAUUGCAACUUACGACCGAAAUAACCUCUCCAUCGAUACCAGCUGCGCCACCUCCUAACGAUGAUCCGGGAGAAACUCCACUGCUAGUCACCAUGGACGGUGGAGACUUCGAGGGGCACGGCGCCCAUCGUUUAGAUGCGAUAUUGGAACAUCAGUCAUGGGGGCGUCGGAAAGUGUUGGUCCGUCAAGACAAUUUGAAUCCGCAGCAAGAUCAUCUCAGCAUUCAAAACAGAAACAAGACGCAGCAUUCCCGAAAUUCAUCGGCAUCUUCCAUCCAAACCCACUGCUUGCUGUUUCACCAAGAAAAUCGAAACUUCUCAAUAGAAAAGGAAUCAAAGCUCAAGGUAUUCGAGUCUUAAAAGCCCUCUUGAUCAUUGAAAUGCAUACUGAUGAUUCAGAUCGACAAUGUCUACAUAUACUGCAACAAACAACCCGAGCCUGGAGGGAUGGUGGGUAUGCUGCGCAUGCUAUCGAGAAGUCGAUUCCGAGAUAUGGGACUGGUACUGUCCCGAUUGCUCGCAUCCCUACUGCACCUAUUGUUCCGUUCCUUAGCAGCAGGCUUGGUAUUAGACACCGACUGCCAUCGAAUACGAGAUCAAGAAGCUCGUAUGGGAUAUGA